AUGAGCUCACGGCCGCAGCGUACAGCAGCGCAGACGGGCAGUCCGUCUGGCAACCGCAUCUCCAUCACGCUAGGUAAGCGAGCGCGUAAGCUCAGCAGUGAAGAGCCAGAACAACCGCCAGCGCAAGACUCUCAAGAUGAAGACUAUACCGAAUCAGGUUCGCCUGUCUCGUCUCAGCUCGCCUUUGAGCUUAGCCGUAGAAUUGGAUGGACAGAUUUUGGCACGCCUGAGAGAGGGACUGCCAGGCCAAAGCGAGCUAGGACCAGCUCGUUCAGAGACGACUCACCUUCUGUUCGCUCGACGCCUCGACGCGCUGCUCGCAAAAAGGCGCCUGUAGACACAGCAGGCACGGACGAUGACGAUGAGGAUGAGCCGAUAGAUGAUGAGGAAGGGGAAGACGCCGUCGAAGUGACAGAGUCAGGCGCAACGACGCCUGCAAUUUCCAUCUCCCAACAUCGCAGUCACAAGAAAAGCGCCCGGAAUCCCUCUGGCUUGCGGCGACAGUCUUCCACGCCAGCCUUGGCUACACCUUCUGGAGACGACGGACCUCUGGAUGAAGAGUCUGAUCUUGAAGACGACCUGCGUGGAGAAGGAAAGAUAGACAGGAACGGCGUUCUGCAAGACGGCCGUGUCUUUCGUAUAUCCACCUUUGAGCUCCCAACGCGUGCGAACAAGAAGAAAGUCUGGGUGCUCAGUAUUGACGCGGCAAAGAUGCAAGGAUACCGUGACUCGGUGUACUUCUAUAAACACAAUCCGAGGAUCACCAAGACAUCUGCGACUCAGCAGGAGAAAGAUCUGCUCGCGCGACUCGAUCGCAUUCAUGCCAAUCUACGGCAUCGUCAGGUGAAUAUCUUGCCUGCUCGUACGCUCUUCAAGGCGUUCGGUGCGACGACUAUACAAAAUGGCAAAUGGAUCGUUGACGAUUACUAUGAAGACGCUUCCAUAGCGGCAGGCAAGACACCCGGCGAGCGAGCCGUCAACGAAGCAGAAGACGAAGUCGAGAACUCUCUUCUAGCGCCUGCCAUGACGCUCCAACCACUCUCACGUGACGAGCGAGAGGACUCGGUCAUGACCGAUCCUAGCAGUCGACUCCAUUCCCGUCUGACAGGCAGCAGACUGGUCAAGUCUCUUGCCUCGGUCUCAUACAGCGCCAGAGGCACUUUUGCACCUUAUCAGGCUGGCUCUGUGCAAUUCGGUGGAUCAGGACAAGAUCCUUAUACGCUCGUCUACAAUGCCACGAAUCGAAAGACCAAGCUAGCUGCCCAGUUGACCGAAGAAAAUUGGAUGCACCAGUAUGCUCUAGCUAUACGAGGCAAGAACAGCGCUCUGCUUCAUUUCAGGCGGGACAAUGUCGAGCCUGCAAGUCUGGGCCGACCGCAAAAGCUUCGUACUGCUACCGAGUUGACGCCCAUAACCAAAGUGGAAGCUGUCAAGGAAGGCUGGAACAUGCCUGUCAACCCAGAACACGAGCCGCCUGAAGCGCCUCUGGAUGCUGACGAUCAAGAUGACGACGGGCCCAAGCCGUUGGGUAUCUACGAGCCCCACACGAAUGUUUACCAUGUUCCCAAACUCACCCAAUCAGCUCAAGCUACCUUGGAGCAACUCGACCGGUUGCCCCAUAUCGAUUCUGUACGGAAGAUGGAUUUCGACGGAUUCCCUUCCGACUGGGUCCAGAAACAAGAUCGUACUGCGAUAGAGUACCGUAUUCGCCGAGCCGGCAGACGAUGGGGUUUCGCUUCCAUCUCUACAGAGAUGGCUGACCCUGUCUAUGAAUUGGGUGAACCUUUGCCGCCUCUGCCGACUCAGCUCUGGGAUUUCGAUGUCAAGAAUGUGGCGGCGCAGUACCUGGCGAGCGCGAAGGGGGAUCUGUAG